CCAAUCAGCGCCGACUGCCCUGCUCCUCAGCGCCUCAGUUAAUACAAUGGGGAAGGUAAGCAGCAGCUCAGAUUGUUGUGAUUAAAGGAGUAACACAUCUGAGUUGGUGCUCGGAAACGUCGGAGAUCGACUCGUGAAGACAUCACCCGGCCGUUGAAGCGAGUAGGUAUCCGGUAUGUCGGAUGGACAGUAGGAGUGACAGUGUCCUCCGGUCUCGCUGUCGAGCCGUUCCUGACAUCCCCGGUUUCCCUGAUUUAGAUGACUCUUUGGAUGGGGACUGUAAUCAGGAAGAACAUCAGAAAAGCAAUGGAGACAAUCACAUAACCAGCAAUGGAAAAAUUGAAAUGGAACAUGUGAUAAGCAAAAAGCUGCAACUGAAAAGGAAAGCCGAGUACCUGAAGAGUGACCUGAUGCGUCAGUUUGACAGUCAGGUUAAUGACUUCAUGGAUAGUCUUAUUGAGGAGUCGGCCAGCCUGGAGCCUGCACCUCUGCCUGCCGUCUUCUCUCCUCCGCUGUCAGACAAGGAGAGGAGCAAACUCAGGCAUUUUCGGCCUCCCCAUGGCCAGGGCAAGCACUUCGUUAGUCGCAGGUCCCUCUUAGAUGAGCUGUUUGAGGUGAACCACAUCAGGACCAUCUACCACAUGUUUAUUGCCCUGCUCAUCCUCUUUAUCCUCAGUACGCUGGUGGUAGAUUUCAUUGAUGAAGGCAGGCUGGUGCUGGACUUUGACCUGCUGGUCUAUGCGUUUGGACAGUUUCCUCUGGUGGUGUGCACAUGGAUCUGCAUGUUCCUGUCUGUGUUGCUGGUUCCCUACACCCUGUUCCACCUGUGGUCUCAGACCCAGUCUGGUGGGCCCAGUUAUAGUCACCCCAGGUUGUGCAGUUUGCUGUUUGGCUCUGUAUUCUUGCUCUACCAAGCUCUGGGUCUGGGAUUCCUGCCUACAUAUGUGGCGGUGACCAACAGUUUGCCACCUGCAUCCUGCUUUAUUAUCAUCCUGGAACAGGUGCGUCUAAUGAUGAAAGCCCACUCCUUUGUCAGGGAGAAUGUACCAAGAGUCCUGUCCUGGGCUAAAGACAAGACCAGCUCUGGUCCAGCGGUCCCUCAGGUCUCUCAGUAUCUCUACUUUCUGUUUGCACCCACACUCAUCUACAGAGACAAGUACCCCCGAAACCCAGUGAUCAGAUGGGGCUAUGUGGCCACAAAGUUGCUUCAGGUGCUCGGCAGUCUGUUUUAUGCCUAUUACGUGUUUGUGCGGCUGUGCAUCCCUCAGUUCCGCAGCAUCAGUCUGCAGCUGUUUGACCCGAGGGCCAUGGUCCUCUGUGUCUUUAACUCCAUCUUGCCAGGAGUGUUGGUUCUCUUCCUGGCAUUCUUUGCCUUCCUCCAUUGUUGGUUGAAUGCUUUUGCUGAGAUGCUCCGCUUUGCUGACAGGAUGUUUUACAAGGAUUGGUGGAAUUCAACCUCCUUUGCCAAUUACUAUCGCACUUGGAACGUGGUGGUCCAUGACUGGCUGUAUUGCUAUGUGUACCGGGACUUCCUGUGGAUGUCUCAGAAGCGUUUUAGACCGGCUGCCAUGCUGUUUGUGUUUACCGUGUCUGCGGUGGUCCACGAGUACAUUCUUGCAAUCUGCUUUGGCUUCUUCUAUCCCGUGCUGUUCUGCCUCUUCAUGUGCUUUGGAAUGAUGUUCAACUUCAUUCUGCACGACCAAAGGAAAGGUCCCAUCUGGAACAUAAUCAUGUGGACAUCCCUCUUCCUGGGUCAGGGAGUCAUCAUCUGUCUGUACUCUCAGGAGUGGUAUGCUCAGCGCUAUUGCCCCCUGAAGGAGCCUUCGUUCCUGGAGUUACUGAAGCCUCGCUCCUGGAGCUGUCAGAGAGGCCUGGUCGCGGACUCUGAUAGGCUGUGAUUUAUGUUUGGACUACUGCCGAGGACCAUCACUGAUCAGUUUAAAUUUGUUCAGCCUUUCUGUUAAUGUCAUAACUCCAGGUCUUUCACCUUUGUUUUAUUUUAUUGCACUAAGGUCUCGACUGUGUCUGCCAAAAUGUUCUUUACUCUAACAGCAAAGACAAAGUGAUGCCUUACUUAAUAGUUUUAUGUUUUCAAAAAAACAAACCCAACAAAAUCACAAGUUCACAUAAAACCAUAUGUGAACUCUUUUAUUUUUGUGUAUUUAUUUAUUUUUCCAGAUGAAUUUGCAUAUGUUUUCUGUGACCAACUGUGAAACCACUCCUUGUGCCAAUAUGAUGGUGGCAGCCAAGAUAUGGCAGCUGAAUAUACCACACUAUCACACUAUACAAACAUCAUUCAUGUAUGCAGUUAAGUGCAACAGUGAAGUGCAGUCUUUGUUAAAUAUUAAUACCCUAUUGUAAGACAUUCGAUGUGUCAAUGAUUUUCACUGCGGAUACGAUUCAUUGUGAAGAAUGGCCACUGUUUUGUGUUUAGUAUAAAACUCGGAGGAACUGUGGUCUGUGUAUUAUAACUUCAGCAUUGCAGCUACCUUCUCAGAAGAGGAAAAUGAAGGUUGCACUUGAUAUGCUCAUAUAUUUGGGAAAUUAUUUCAUAGUAAAUCUGAAAAAGUGAUGUAGAUCAUUUAGAGAUUAUGGUACACUUUAACUGUAAUAUGUCCUUUUAAUUCUUUCAUUUUCAUCUCCUGAGAAUGUUGGGCACAAAUUAUCAAAUGUGAAACAAAAUAGAUUUGACAGUUCUGCUGUAAGGAGUUAAUAGAUUAAUAUAUUCAUGAUGAUUUGAAUAUUUCCAAUUGAACUUGUUUUGAACAUACGUUGUUAUAGGGAAUAUUUCCUGUUAACCUAAAUAAUGUUUCAUUUUGUUCAUGUGAAGUUGAAAUCAUUACAGAAGCUGCUUGCAAGUAUGUGAUUAUAUUGAAUGAUGAUACUUGAUUAGCACUAAGGGCUACAGUUUGCUUUGUCAGAUACUGAGCCCCUUAAAUGAGAUUAAGUGUUUUGUUGUUUAAAUCAAGCAAGAACACAUUUUACAGAACAGUAAUAUCCAUGUCAAGCUAAUGGAAGAAGUAAUGAACAUGCUGUGUGCUUUUAGUUCUUGUGUUCUUGAUAUAAUGUGUUUACACUUUUGUGUUUUUUUUUAAUUAUUGUUAUUUUCUAUAAGGUAAUCACAAAGUUAUUGAUGCACAGAUGAUGUUGCCAAUUAUGACGUAUUUAAUGCAGGGAGAUCGUGUGAAUAAUGAGAUGCGCAAUACGAAGUCUAAACCAGCAAUGGAAAACUCUGCACUUCCAAAAACUGAAUGUCCACAAGGUGGCGCUGUAUUAAAAGCUUUACUUUUGGUCCUCUGCUCAGAUUAGCCGUGACUGGUGGUCAGGGAGCAAGAAAGGCUUCCCCAGAGUUCUUUACAGAUUUUAUAGUGACAAAACAUGUACCAGCAACUUAUUUUUUAAUACAGUAAUUUUUACAUGUACAGUGUUUAGCUGAAAUAUUGGAAUGUCCUCUGGUACUUAACACAAAGUAACUCGGGAGAGCUCCACAUUUGGCUGAAGAUUUAAUCUUGCUUUAUGCGAUUGAGAUUUUGUUAUUAACAAUAAUAUUUAUGACAGUGAAAAAGCCAAGCUGCAAAGAUGUUUAUUUUGAUGAGAUAUUUAUUUUUGGGAGCAGAGCUUUGCCUUUUUGUGUUGAUUGUGACCCUUUUUUUUCGAGCCAUGAAUAGUUUGUUGUGUCACGUGACCGUUUUAUAAAUCAGUAUGUUAUUCUAUUUUUGGAUGUAGACAACAUCUGAUACAUUCUUUAAAGACACCUCAAAGUGUAAUAAGCAAAGAAUAAAAAAUGUACUGUGUCCCCUUUA